AUGACAGCAUUCGAACAGUCCCCAGAAUCGCAACUUCCGCAUCUCCGCCGCAGCAAUGGCAACACUCAGAUCAUCCUCAAGGGCAAGCCCUUUCUCAUGCUCUCGGGCGAGCUGCACAACUCGUCUCUCUCGUCGGCCCGCUUCAUGUCCGAGGUCUGGCCCGCCAUGAAGGCCAAUCAUUUCAACACUCUCCUCGGCGCCGUGACUUGGGAGGACAUCGAGCCCGUCGAGGGCCAGUUCAACUUUUCAGAGCUUGACGCUGUGCUGGCCGGCGCGAGAGAGCACGGCAUGCAUCUCGUGCUUCUCUGGUUUGGAACCUACAAGAACGGCAUCUCGACAUACGCCCCGCACUGGGUCAAGCGCGAUACGAAACGUUUCCCGCGUGUCCAGUGUCUCGAGGCCGGCGGCGUCAAGAGAACCAUCGAGAUGGUCACCCCUCUCAGCGAGGAGGGAUGCAAGGCUGAUUCCAGAGCGUUUGCCGAGCUGUGCAAGCACCUCGCAAAGGUCGACGCUGAGCACAAUACCGUCCUCAUGAUCCAGGUCGAGAACGAGACGGGUCUGUUGGGCGACUCCCGCGACCGCUCUCAUCGCGCAGACAAGGCCUUCGCGGAACCUGUCCCCGAGGACCUCCUAAGACAUCUAAACAAGAAAUCGGCCGACCUGCACCCAAAAUUCAAAGCCCGCUUCGCCGAUCCUCCGGCGUCAGGCAUUCACUCUUGGAACGAUGUCUUCGGCCUCGGUCCAUCAGCCGACGAGGCCUUCAUGGCGUACCACAUCUCCUCCUACGUCGGCCGCGUGGCUGCCGCAGGAAAGAAGGAAUACGACAUCCCGCUGUACACAAACACAUGGCUCAACUUUGACGACCCAUCAGAACUCGACCUCCGCGGCGUUCCCAUUGUGGUCGGUGGCGGAGCCGAGCCUGGCGUGUACCCCUCUGGCGGCCCCUGCCCCCACGUUCUCGACAUCUGGCGGUACAAUACAAUCUUCACCAAGGAGAAGUCUCUCGACUUCCUAGCACCGGAUCUGUACUUCCACAACUACGAGGCGGUUUGCAGAGACUACACGGCGCAAGGAAACCCGCUCUUCAUCCCAGAACAGCGACGCGACGAGAACGGUGCGAGGAGGGUUUGGUUGUCAUACGGAACCUACGGGGCAUUGGGCGCGAGCCCGUUCGGUAUCGACACGGGCGCAGAGUUGGUUGGCCGGGAGUUCAAGCUGCUUUCUCAGAUCUCGCCGUACCUGCUCGCAGCGAAGCCCGAGGACCGCAUGGGGUUCUUCUUCGACGAGGAGGUGAACACAGCCGGCAAGGGCGAGAAGUGGAUCAAGGUCUUUGGCGACAUCGAGGUCACAAUCGAGCGCGCCUUUGUGUUCGGCAAGCCCGGCCCCGGCGGCGGCCUUAUCAUCCACCUCGGCGCCGCAAAGUUCCUCGCAGUUGGCCGCGGGUUCAACGUGAAGUUCAAGAGCAUGCGGAAGGAGGCUACGUUCACGGGCAUCCUUGCGGCGACCGAGAAGGAGGUGGACGAGAAGGAUGACCUGCGGACGCUGCGGAUUUACAACGGCGACGAGACGCGUAGCGGCGAGUUCUUGAUCAUGCCCAACGACGACCCGGAUUAUGGCGGGUUCCCCAUCGCCGUGACGGUCCCGGCGCGGACGUGCAUUGCCGAGGUCGAGGCGUACUGGAUCGCCGAAGAUGAGGAGGACCGGUGA